AUGUUCUCGCCACAGGCCGAAAGUGGUAGCAAUCAGCUAUGGCCUCCUGGAACAGUUCGCCUCGAGGCCAACAAACACAGCAAAACCAUUAUCUUACAGCCUCAACCGACUGAUGACCCAAAUGACCCACUAAACUGGCCGCAAUGGCGUAAAUACUUGAACAUGGGCCUCGUCUGCUUCUACGUCGCCAUGGUUGCCGAGUUCAUCAACGCCCCCACUCCCACAUGGGGCCCCAUGAAUAAGGAGCUUGGCUAUAGUUUCGAGAUAUUGAAUGAUAGCUAUGCUGCUGGCUGUGCAGCUCUAGGUGUUGGAUCGUUGCUUCUGAUUCCCUUCGCCCUCAAAUUCGGCCGCCGGCCUAUCUACCUCUUCAGCACCAUAAUUCAGUUUGGCUUAAGCAUCUGGUCGGCUAAGAUGCAGACAGUUGCCGAUCUGAUGCUCAUCAACUGUCUUUUCAGCAGUCUGGCAGAGUCAAUUGUGCAGAUGACCAUCGCCGAUGUGUUCUUUGUUCACGAGCGUGGCAGAAUGAACUCGCUGUACGUAUGGGUGUGGCUUCUGUCUAGCUACAUGGGCAUGCUCAUCGCAGGUUUCGUCGCUAAAAGAUUGGGCUGGCGAUGGGUCUGGUGGCUGAACGUUAUCAUCUUUGGCAUUGCUAUUUUCCUUGUCACCUUUGCCUACGAGGAGACAAAGUAUUGCCCACCUCCCGAGGCUACUGUACCAGGACGGCUACCUGCUGUUGGUGAACAUCAGUCAGGCGAUUCCGAGGUCAUUGCGGAAAAGAAACUCAAACGAGAUCACUCUGCACCCGGAGAUACUGAUAUCAUAUCAAUUCCAGCAGCUGAAACUGCGCCAGCUCAGGGUGUUACAUCAGUUACGAUUAACCCUAAUAUCCCUAAAAAGACGUACUUGCAAAAGUUAGCACUUACAACUACCACGCCAACUUCAGGCCAGUCAGAUGACUCUUUCCUUCGCCACAUGUAUCAACCCCUCAUUCUUUUGACCACCAUACCUGCCAUCGCAUACACGGCACUUGUAUAUGGUGUCUUGGUGGGACUGGGAGAUGUCAUGUCUGCUCUCAUCUCAACCUACCUGACAUUACCGCCCUAUAACUUUACAUCAGACCAAGUUGGGCUUAUGAGCCUUCCCAGAGUGAUCGGUGUGACCAUUGGCGCCGUCAUCGUCGGUCCGUUGAGUGACUGGUGGAUUGUUUACUACUCGCGUCGGCGUGAUGGUAUUUACGACCCAGAGUCUCGCCUCUGGUGUGUCGUUCCUUUCAUCCUUUUCGUUCCCGUCGGUGCGCUUCUCUUUGGAUUUGGUCUCAACAACCAUAUGCCGUGGCCCGUUGUCGCAGUUGGGCUGGUUCUCUAUAAUAUUGGAGUUACACCAAUCAACAGCUUGUCAAUCACGUACUUGACCGACUCGUACACAGAUGUUAUUGGCGAUGCGUUGGUGGGUGUCACACUGGUACGCAACACGUUUAGUACUGCCUUCAUUUUUGCCCUCGAACCAUGGAUCGAUCGGGUCGGGAUAAAAUAUGUUCUUGUUACAAUCCUGCUGAUUGCAUGUCUCAUCUUGGCGGGAUUUGGAGGCUUCAUUCGGUUUGGAAAGGGGUUCCGAGAGCGUACUGCUUCACGAUAUCAGUACUAUGCAGCUCGUCAGUACAAGACCAGGGCUUACUAUUGA